AUGCCGACUGAACGAGAAUAUAUCGGAAUCGCAAAUAGGUUUUACUCAAUUGCUGGGUUUCCCAGAGUAGUGGGGGCAGUAGACUGCACUCAUAUAAAAAUAAAUUCACCAGGAGGAUCUAAUUCAGAAUUGUUCCGGAAUAGAAAAGGAUACUUUUCACUUAAUGUGCAAGUAGUGUGCGACUCCAAUUUAGUGAUAAGAAACAUUAUUGCCAGAUGGCCUGGUUCUGUGCAUGAUAGCACAAUUUUUAAUGAUUCCCCUUUAUGUGCUCAAUUUGAGCGUGGAGAUUUUGGCGCAAUGGUACUUGUUGGAGAUAGUGGCUACCCAUGUCGACCCUACCUAUUAACGCCACUAUUAAAUCCACGAACGCAUGCUGAAGAAGCAUACAAUAAUGCACAAAUCAAAACGAGAAACCCAAUUGAAAGGCUUUUUGGUAUAUUAAAAAGAAGGUUUCCAUGUCUUCAAGUUGGCAUGGGACUGAAGUUAAAAAAUGUUCCACCUGUCAUCGUAGCAUGUGCAGUUUUACACAAUAUUGCACUUUCACAGAAUGAUGCAGUGUUAGAGGAGGACACAGAUAACAUUACAGAGGAGUCUGUAGAUCAACCUAUCAGCAUCCAGUCCAAUCAAAACUUUAUUGUUAGGACAACAUUAAUUAACACACAUUUCUCUUUUUGAACUUUCCUUUAUUUUUACAAAUCAAACUUUAAUUUUCCAUGGCUUUCAUUAAAAGGAUAUGAUAAAAUCAGUGUUAAACCUUAAAAUAUUAGGUCCUUACAUAUGAAAUUGGCGUUUUUCGUACUGGCCACUUUAAUCACGAA